AAGUGGUCCGUGCAUCAUAUUUGAAUCUGCCGUUCCUGAUCGGGAUUAAGUGUCAAACGAUGCAUAUGGGCAUUAGAUAAAUGUAAUUAGCACAAUUGAUGUCAUCAAACAUAUUAGACUUUUGUGAGUUUCUCUAUUUAAACUUUUAUCUAAAUUGAACCAAACUGUCCCAAAUAGUACAACAGAAAAUUCUGAUCAAGGGUCAUGCACACAGAACUCAUGAAUGAUAUUGUGCCUUUUAUAGAAAUGAUGUCAAGCAAAUUUACUCCAGAAGAUAUGCAACAACAAAUCAUUAAAGAAACAUUCCAAUUGGUAUCCAAGAGAGAUGACAAUGUGUGCAACUUCUUAGAAGGUGGAAGCAGGUUAUCAGGUAAUUCUCUAGCUAUACCAGCAUUUUUUUAUUCUCCUUCUGAGUAGACACUAGGUUUGGGUUGUAAAUGAUGGAAAUGAGAUAAAAAAUGCCUGUAGAUGGGUUAGUUACAGAAUAUUGUUGAUAUUAUCUGGGUUUUAAACAGUAUAAUUACCUUCUUAAUCACAACAUUUGCAGAACGGAAG